AGCACAUACUACCCAUGCUUGGGUCAGCGGGGCUCUGUGCUGUAUGUUUUCACAGGGAGGCCUUUCACAGGGAGGCACAGCAGAUUUUCCAAAGACAGGAAGUGACAGUACAAAGAGGCAGAAGGAGUGCUGAAUUACUUGAGCUUGAACCAUUUUCUGAAGAGCUGAGAAGUCUCCAUGAUGCCAGUCUUCAUCAUACAGCUGUGGGCAAAGGCUCGUGUUCCACCUGGGGCACUGGGCAUUUCUCAACCUUCGACAACUACUUGUAUGAAUUCUCUGGGACUUGCAAUUACAUCUUUGCCACUGUGUGUAAUGAUGUCUCCCCGGACUUCAACAUCCAGUUCCGUCGUGGUCUGAACAAAAAGAUUGUAAGGAUCAUCAUCGUUUUGGGACCCAGUGUUAUCAUUGUUGAAAAUGGUGUUAUAUCAAUCACAGAUGUUGGUAUAAUCAGACUGCCUUAUACAAGAAAUGGAAUCCAGAUUACACCGUUUGGACGCAUGAUCCGCCUAGUGGCCAAGUUGAUGGAGAUUGAGCUUGUCGUUUUCUGGAACAAUGAUGACUACCUAGGGGUUCUGAUUGAGGAAAAAUACAUGACAAGAACAUGUGGAUUGUGUGGGAACUUUGAUGGGCAAGAAUUAAAUGAGUUUCUAAGUGAAGGUAAACUUCUGGAUCCAUAUAAAUAUGCUGCCUUACAAAAAAUCGAUGAUCCUACAGAGAUCUGUCCAUAUGAGCAGACAGCAAUUCCUAGUGUUCCUCGCAAGAAAUAUGUCAGAAUCUGCUCCCAGCUUCUAAGCCUUGUGUCUCCAUCUUGCAAUAUCUCAAGGAAAGGGUUUGUCAUCCGUUGCCAACUUGACCUACAAGACUGUAGUGAUCCAGGGCAAAGAAACUGUACUUGCGCUACCCUUUCAGAAUACUCCAGACAAUGUUCCAUGUCUCAUCAAGACGUGACUGAUUGGCGAAGCAGUGACUUCUGCUCUCUAGGAAGAUGUCCAGCUAACCAAAUCUACAAAGAGUGUGGUUCUCCCUGUCUAAAAACAUGUUCCAAUCCAGAAUACAGCUGCUCCAGCUAUUGUACAUAUGGUUGCUUCUGCCCAGAAGGUACUGUUUUGGAUGACAUUUCAAGAAACCGAACAUGUGUUCCUCUUGAACAGUGUCCAUGCACAUUGAAUGGGAAAAAAUAUGCCCCUGGGGAUGUCAUGAAAGCAACAUGCAGAACCUGUACAUGUACAAUGGGGCAGUGGAGCUGCACAGAACUACCAUGCCCAGGCAGAUGUUCCUUAGAGGGUGGUUCUUUUGUCACCACUUUCGAUUCUAGGCCAUACCGCUUCCAUGGAGUUUGCACCUACAUUCUUAUGAAGAGUCCAAUGUUACCAAACAAUGGAACGCUGAUGGCUGUCUAUGAAAGGUCUGGUUACUCCAGCUCAGAGACAGCCCUGGCAGCCAUCAUUUAUGUCUCAGCAAAUGAGAAAAUUGUGAUUUCCAAAAAUGAAGUUUUAACUGAUGAGGGUGAACUUAAAUGGUUGCCUUAUAAGUCAGGUGGCAUUACCAUCUUCAGACAGUCAUCUACUCAUGUUCAAAUGUACACAACCUUUGGAUUGGAAGUGCUAAUUCAAACUCAGCCAGUGUUUCAAGUUUAUAUUAAAGCUGGUCUUCAAUUCAAAGGCUAUACACGGGGGUUGUGUGGUAACUACAAUGGAGAAACAACAGACGACUUCAUGACCAGCAUGGAUAUUAUUGAAGGAACAGCACCUCUCUUUGUGGAUUCUUGGAGAGCUGGAAAUUGCCCCGCUGCCAUAGAAAGAGAUACAGAUCCUUGCUCUAUGAGUCAAUUAAACAAAAUGUGUGCAGAGACCCACUGCUCCGUUCUUUUAAAGAAAGAUACAGUAUUUGAAAAAUGUCACUCUGUGGUGAAUCCUGUCCCAUUUUAUAAGAGGUGUGUAUACCAAACCUGUAACUACGAGGAGACCUUUUCUUAUAUUUGUUCUGCACUGGGCUCUUAUGUACGUGUGUGUGCCUCAAUGGGACUCAUCCUUGGCAACUGGCGGAACACUGUAGACAACUGCACUAUUUCUUGUACUGGAAAUCAAACAUUCAGUUACAACACUCAAGCCUGUGACAGGACAUGCCUGUCCCUCUCCCAUCGAAGUCUAGAAUGCCACCCCACUGACAUCCCUGUUGAUGGCUGCAAUUGUCCUAAAGGGACCUACCUGAACCAUAAAAAUGAGUGUGUCCGUAAAUCACAAUGCCCCUGCUAUUUGAAAGACAGGAAAUUCAUUCAGGCUGACCAGUCAACCAUCAUUGGUGGAAUUACCUGCUAUUGCAUUAAUGGGAACCUGAGUUGUUCUGGCAAAGCUGUAGACCCUGCAGAAAACUGCAAGCCUCCCAAAAAAUAUAUAUCAUGCUCAUCACCUUCAGCAAGCAGAUAUGGAGCUGCCUGUGCACCAACUUGCCAGAUGCUGGCCACUGGAAUUGAAUGUGUCCCCAACAAAUGUGAAUCUGGGUGUGUUUGUGCUAAUGGACUGUAUGAGAAACUGGACGGUAUAUGUGUGCCACCUGAUGAGUGCCCUUGUGAAUAUGGUGGCAUCUCAUAUGCAAAAGGAGAGGAGAUUCACACUGAAUGUAAGACCUGCACCUGUACAAGAGGAAAGUGGGCAUGCAUCCAAAAUUCCAGAUGCUCUUCAACAUGCAGCCUUUAUGGGGAAGGUCAUAUCACUACUUUUGAUGGACAGCGCUUUGUGUUUGAUGGCAACUGUGAAUACAUACUUGCUAUGGAUGGCUGUGGCAUGAGUGGUUCUCACCAUACUUUUAAAUUGGUGACUGAGAAUGUUGUCUGUGGAACAACAGGGGUCACAUGUUCCAGAGCAAUCAAGAUCUACCUUGGGAACGUGACAAUCACUUUGGGAGACAGAACAUACAGUAUCUCUGGUGCAAAUCCUCAGGCAGAGUUCUUCAUAAAAGAUAACACACUCCACUUGAUCAUCGACAUUGCAAUCCCUGGAAAAUACGAUAUUACCCUUAUUUGGAACAAGCACAUGAACAUAUUCAUCAAGAUCUUCAGAGAAGCUCGGGAUCGGCUCUGUGGUUUGUGUGGCAAUUACAAUGGAAACAUCAGAGAUGACUUUGAAACCCGGAGUAAAUAUGUGGCAUCAAAUGAACUGGAGUUUGUGAAUUCAUGGAAAGAGAAUCCCCUGUGUGGAGAUGUGUUAUUUGUGGUUGAUCCGUGUAGUAGGAAUCCCUAUCGCAAAGCAUGGGCAGAGAAAAAGUGCUCUAUCAUUAACAGUAAAGUAUUUGCUGCCUGCCAUAAAAAGGUGUACCGUGUGCCUUAUUAUGAAGCUUGUGUCCGGGAUUCAUGUGGAUGUGAUACUGGAGGAGACUGUGAAUGCAUGUGUGAUGCCAUUGCUGUGUAUGCAAAAGCAUGCUUAGAUGUUGGUAUCUGCAUUGACUGGAGAGCUCCAGACUUCUGUCCGGUCUACUGUGACUACUUCAACUCCCACGAGAAGACUGGCAUGGACGGCACCUAUUAUAACUAUGUUAAUGAAUUAAAUUGCACCUGGCAUUAUCGCCCCUGUCAGUGUCCAUUCCAAGUACAAAACUACAAAUAUGCCAACAGUGAAGGCUGUUACAAUUGUUCACAGGAUGAAUACUAUGAUCAUAAGCUGAAAACCUGCGUACCUUGUCAUAAUUUCACAACUACUCCAUCACCAGUUUCUACAACCACCUCAUCACCACCAACAACUAUUUAUGUGACCACUCCAUCACCAGUUUCCACAACUACCAUAUCACCAACAACAACAGUUGUGACACAUUCUUUUCAGACAGGCCGGCCAGCCAACCAGCCCCUCCCCCCACCGCCAUCCCCCCAGCCAGGCUGUCCCAACGCCACCUCCCACCUCCUCCUCCUGGUGGCCAGGCUAGGCUGGCCUGCCGCCACUUCCUCCGGGCGGCCAGGCCACGGCCGGCCACCGCCUCAUCCCGGCAGGCGUGCCAGGGCCAGGCUGUCCCACUGCCACCUCCUGGCCUCCCACCUCUUCAUCCAGGUGGGCCAGAGCCAGGCCAUCCCGCCGCCUCCUCCUCCCAGCCGCCUGGGCUUUGCCCACCGGCCGUGCACCUCUUCACCCUGGCAGGCGGGCCAGGACCCAGCCAUCUCACCGCCUCCUCCUGUUUACUCCUCCUAG